AUGGCCGACGACCUGCUGCAGAUGUUCCAGAGCAUCACCACCAGCGACCACGACGAGCUGGUGGACCAGUUCGCGCACCUGCUGCAGCUGGACGUGCACACGGCCACGUUCUUCCUCGAGUCGUGCAACUGGAACGUGGAGACGGCGGCCAACAACUACCUGGCCACGAUGGAGGCCAGCGGCACGCCCGUGGUGAACCCCAUGGAGGGCAUGGACACGGCCGGCGACGACCUGGACAUGGAGGACGAGGGCGACGCGUCGUCGGCGCAGCAGCAGCACCAGCAGCCCAACUCGGCCUCGUUCCAGGCGCAGUUUGUCAGCGACCUGUCGGCCUCGCAGAGCAUGCUCUUCGCCCCGGACACGCCCGUGCAAAUGCAAUGGAGUUUUGUGAACACUGGCAGUGAGCCGUGGCCGGCAGAUACGCGGCUGCUGUUUGCUCAAGGCACAAGUUUCCAGGGACCGGAGCAGAUUCCAGGGACGGCGGUACCGCCAGGACAGCGGAUAGACGUACAAGCGCCGCUGCUGAUGCCAUCGGAGCCUGGUCAGUACGCUGGCAGCUGGAGGCUGCACUGCUCGGCAGGAUUCUUCGGCGAUCCCUUCCAGUUCGCGCCGAGUGACCGGCCGCCGUCGUCGACUGUUGUGGAGGAUAUGGACCUGUAA